UGCAUCUCGACAAACAUAUACCACACCUCUAAAUGAUAACAGAUAAAUGCGGUAACUUGGCACACACUAAAUCAUUUCACCUCCUUCAGCUCCAAGUCAAAAUGUACCUUAUUGUACCCAUCCUUGUGAGCUUGAUACUCCCCAAAGCAUAUUCACUCAAGUGCUUUGAGUGCACACCAGGAGAAUCGGGAGCAUGCACGGACAAGGAGACUGACUGUCCAACCCAAUGUGGAAACACGCGGAUUACAUCCUAUAUGGGUGGUACAACAUUAUCCGAUGUGAACCUGAAGUCUUGCUCAGUGCCUGCACAGUGUCUCACUGCAUCGGUGAAUUUUGGAAUGAUGCGCACUAUGAUAGCCAGCACAUGCUGCAAUACAGACCUCUGCAACUCCAAAAGCAUCCCUGAAUCUACUAAAACCACCCCUAAUGGCAAGAAGUGCUUCACCUGUACCGGAACGGACUGCACGAGCGCGCUGAGCUGUGAGGGAGACGAGGACCGCUGUAUCUCAACAAUAGUGAACAUGGGUGGCGAGAAGAUGACAAUGAAGGGAUGUGCCUCCAAGAGCAUCUGUGUGGGAGACAUGUCAGGAGCGCUGGGACCCACCAUGGGCAUUGACAUGAAGUGCUGCGAGGGAAACCUGUGUAAUAACGCCCAGAGCAUCGGACUGAGCCUCCUGCUCCUGGUGACAUCCAUGGUCUCUGUGGUCCUGUUCCACUGAGAGACACCGUCCCUUCACCUCCUUGCCUCCCCUUCUCUCC